UGUCACCCAUACAAAAAAUUGGUCGUGGCUACGGGUCCGAGCCAAAACCAGUCAUUUCGGCCGCCCGACGGCAUAACAGCACGCCCAGCAAGAAGAGGGAGAUAGCAGCAACCAUGGCGGACCGCCGCGACGAGAAGCCCGCGGAUUUUUUGCUGCCGGAGACGGUGAAGAGCUGGUUCUCGCACAUGUACACUCACCUGAUCUCGGGCAACGUGGCGGAGAUGGCGCGCCUGUACGACCGCGAGUUCCACAACCUGACUAACAACUACUUCAAGCAGGCCUCGUGGCCCGAGCCCAGCGCUGUGGAGUCGCUUGUGGACGAGGAUCCGACUUUCUUGCUGCUGUACAAACAGAUCUACUUCCGUCACCUCUUUUCGCGCCUUCAGCCCGGUAUGGACAUGAAGGUGGCGUCCUGGGAGACGUAUGUGGCCAUCUUUGACGGCGUAUUGGACGGCUCGCUCGAGCUCGAGGCGCUUCCUUCGCAGUGGGUCUUUGACAUUGUUGGAGAGUUUGUCUACCAGUACCAGUCGUACUGCCAGUUCCGUGCCAAGGUGGCCACUAAGGGCGAGCAGGAGAUUGCUUCGUACACUAAGAACCUUUUCAUCUGGGACACUAGCAAGGUGCUGGGCUACCUGCACGCUCUAGUGCGUCACUCUAAGAUCGUCGAGAUUCUCAAGGAGGAGGAGGGUGCUAAGGCUCCGUCCGAGGUCGUCAAGGAGCUCGGAUACUUCAGUCUCAUCACGUUGGCUCGUGCCCACGUGCUGUUCGGAGACUACUACACGUCGCUUAAGCUGCUUGAGCCCAUCGAUCUGUUCAACAAGAGCUCGCGUGGUGAGGUCAAGACCACGGCUCAGAUCCACGAGAAGUCCCCUGGCUGCCACGUCUCCGUGUUCUACCACAUGGGCUUCGCCCAGCUCAUGCUCGAGGACUUUGCUGCCGCGAUCCGCUCGUUCUCUACCAUUAUUCUGCAGGUGAACCGCAACCGUAACUACUACUCACGUUUCGCUGACUACGAGCAGCUACACAAGCUUACGGAGAAGGCUAUGGCUCUGCUUGCCAUCGCUCUCUUCCUGUGCCCGGGCCAGCGCGUGAACGACCAGAUCCACUCGCUUAUCCGCGAGAAGUACGGCGACAAGCAGAGCAAGCUGCAGAAGGGCGACAUCUCGGCUCUGACCGAGCUGUUCGGCUUCUCGUGCCCUAAGUUCAUCCUGCCCGCCGUGGCGGUGGAGGGCGAUGCUCCCGUUAACCGCAGCGCUGAGGCCUCGCAGCGACAGCAGAAGGCCUUCAGCGACAUGGUCGCCCGUCAGCAGCACAUCCCGGCCGUGCGCUCGUACAUUAAGCUGUACCGUUCGAUCGAUCUGGAGAAGCUCGCUGCUUUCCGCGGCGUGGACGUUGAGCUGGCUCGCGCUGAGCUGAUGGCUCUGAAGGUCAGCGGCUCGCGUCUCAAGUCGGACGUGCACUUUUUCCUGAACAACAACCUGGUCCUCAUCGACGAGGAGACGAGCAACCAGCGUACGGGCGAGUUCUUUAUCAACCACAUUCACAAAUUCGCGCGCAUUGUGGACGAGUGCGCCGUCAGCCAGUAAGUUGUUCAGUAGUCCAGACGACCUCGCCCCAGUACUGAAGUGACAAACGCGUUGAAUGGCAAGGAAAUGAUCUCUUCAGUGCUGUGGUUAUACUCAGAUGGUAACAGGGGGAAAAGGAAAGCGAGACGGAACGACUGGAAGAGACGGAGGACAAGACGUAACAGGGUGAAGGCGAAUGGAGGAGCUGGUGUGAAGAGGCCAUAGAGGCCCGAUAACUUGCAUGCGCGUGUGUACUCGUUGAGGCGUUUGCAGAUAGGAGAAGGUAGGUAGGUAGAUAAGUAGCCAACCAGCAGCAGCACAGCAAUUCUAUCCGCUUUCACCCUUUUGCGAUUGUUUAGCUGCUUAUGCUCUCCUUUCCAACAUUAGGCUUCAGUUAGUGCAUGGGGGCUGUAAUCUUUAUACUUUUGCUUCACCCAGCGACAACGCACGCG